GUUAGGGGGUGAUUCGGCUCUUAUGCCCAGUGUAAGUUUCCUCAGUUUUUAUGUUUUAUUUGAUAGUUGUAGCAGUUUAGUAGCCACUUACAUAGCAAUGCUGGAAGCUUUAUUGAUGUUUGUAUUUGUGUUUUAUAUACAGAGGGUUUUGCUCUGCUUUGACGUUUCUGCUUCAUGUUUGCAACCAUGCUACCACUGAAAGUUUUACCAGCAAAGUAUGCGCUUGAAGAAGCCGAUUAGGAGUAAGAGUUUGCACAGAAGCUGUUGCUGAUUGGAUUACCUCUCUAAGGACUUCAAAAUAACCAUCAAGUGGUGCCCAAAGAGGCAUAACAGCUACCCGCCAACACCCCUGCCUAUCUCGCUCUGCUAGCCCUGUACUAGCCAUUCCUUUGGGACUCGGGCAAUCUGUUAACCGCAGGCCAGCUACCCUUACCGGUUAUCCCUACAGAUCGACGCUGAGGCCUCGGCUGUCCACACACAAACACAGAAGAUGGCACUGUACAUAUCUGUUCUAGCUGUAGCCCUGCUAGGAUCCUGUUGGGGAGCUCCUCCACCUGACUCUGAUCCUGCGGCUUAUGACCUGGAGAACUAUGACGAGGACUCAGACACAUGGGACCUGAACAGCUAUGGAGAAACCUUUGACUAUGAUGACUUGGAUGAGGAGAUUGAGGUUGGGACUGUGGCUCCUCUUCCAGCUGUCACUCAACCACCUCCUGCAAUUGUUCCUGAAGACUACACAGAAGAGGUGACCCUUGCACCAAGGACCACCAAACCUCUAGUCCUUCCCACACUGGACUUCCUGGGCCCUGGCCUGUUUGGCCCAGAGACAGGCCUGGGGAUGCCCACUUGCCUGCUGUGUGUGUGCAUCAGUGGCAGUGUGUAUUGUGACGACGCUGAUUUAACUGAGAUCCCCCCUCUGCCCAAGGACACGACACACUUCUACGCUCGCUUCAACAAGAUCACUGAGGUCAAGGCCAAAGAUUUCCUCAACUUGAAUCAGCUGAAACGGAUUGACCUUACGGGGAAUCAGAUCACCACGCUAGGAGAAGAAGCCUUCCUCUCUCUUCCACAGCUCCAGGAACUGCUUCUGGCUGAUAACAAGGUCCAGGCACUGCCAGGGCUGCCAGCCACUAUGAGGCACAUCGACAUCCGCAACAACCGCCUGAAGAGUACUGGAAUGCACAGAGAGGGCUUUAAGGAUAUGAAAGACUUGCAGUUCCUGUACCUGUCAGGCAACCAGUUAGACUACAUCCCUGGUCCGCUGCCCGAGAGUCUACGGGUGCUUCACCUGCAGAACAACAACAUCCAGAGCUUGAACCAGGACACCUUCUGCAACAGCCACGACAUGAACUACAUCCGCAAGGCUCUGGAAGACAUCAGGUUGGAUGGCAACCCUGUGGAUGUGAAUCAGUAUCCGCAGGCCUAUGUGUGUCUGCCACGGCUGCCUGUAGGAACCCCACACUGAGCGGGGAAUCAAGACCACUCUUCAUCCGUCUUUCAUUACAUUCAUUGCAGGUCAGGGGGGCCCAAUUGAUCUAUCCAUGCUCUGCCCAUACAUGCACUCUUUCUAAGCAACUGUUGUGAGGUUGGACAAGCUUUAAAGGACAUUAGCAAAAACCCCUUUCAACCUAAUGAAAAAGGGUAGCACACAUUGAGUCACUACAUAACACUGAGUUUUCAGUAGUGUUCCAUUAGGCCGUUAGAGUCAAGACAAAAAAAAACAUUUUACAUUCUUUAUACAUGAGGGAUAUUAUAACAACAAACCAAUAAUUAAUAAAUAGUAUAAAAAAAUUAGCCUAUCAAUGUUAAUUCAGCUCAACAUACUGACUUUUAGAAGCAGAUAAUGGUAAUGGCAUACCACAACAAUCUUUAAAAGAAUGAGAAAAAAGAAAAGGCCAAUAUCCUCACAUUAGGCUAACUUACUUUGUGAUGUGUAUCACUAAACAUAAUGUACUAACAGCAAAUAUUAGGUUAACACAAGCUUGUUUUAUAUUUAAAACCAUGGACAUGCUUCUAGAGACAAGGAGCAUAAAAUAGACAUGAAGCCUAAAGAUGCACUAUGUAAGAUCUGGGGAUUUGGAGACCUCUCUGGAGGUGUAAUGUGUAAUUGCAUGCAACAUGCAGAAGAACAUUUUGUAACGUCGGUUGUGUAUUCAAAGAGAACUCAGUCAAAACUUGAGUUUCCACCCAGAACUGUUAAUUGAAGGCUCUGACAUAUGAUUUAUCCAAUAGCAUUGUGACCAGAAACCAAGGGAAGUAAGAUCAGGAAGGGGAUGUAUAGUUACACUCCACACUGGAUGUUCUUUAAUAUGUAAAGAUGCAUGACAUGGUCUAAAAACUCCUGCAAAAUCCUAGCCAACACCUCUGUUUAUUAUUUUUAUAUUUCAGGCCUUACAUGGUGACUCACUGCAGUGCACACACAUCAUAUUUUAGCUUGUUUUUUCUCCUGACUCAGUAAUGCUAAAAAUGAGUCAAAAUAAUAGUUGAGACCAAGACAAGGUCGAGACAGAGCUCAGUUUUAAAUGCUGAGCAAAACUGUGCUGUUGUAGCUAGUUAAAACUAUGCAAGCCAUUGCUAACGCUAGCUUGAUUACACAAGAAAAAAAAAUCAUCUGAUCUAUCCUAACAGCGUGACCUUUCACCAACUCACAAAAUACGUUUCAUUUGAAAUUCUAACUCACUCAAUAUUUAGGUAUUUUUAGUUGUGCACCACAACUUUUCAUGAGGUUGAAUAGAAUUUUUGCCACCAUUCUGUAAAGAAAGCAUUUGAGCAUGGAGAGAACAUUUGUUGCAGCCCUGAAGAGCUGGUGUCCAGGACAGUACGGGGAUUUCACUGCUCCAACACCUACUAAACCUAUUAGCCCAUCAUUAGUUGAUGAGUUAAAAGUGGAUUUGUUAGAGCAGGAAAAUAUAUUCAAGCCACACUAGACUCCAGCCCUCCAGGACGGAGGCCCCCCUGCUGUAGGCCUGUUAUUGCAGCUUGCUUUCCAGGUUGUUGGCUCCAUUACUGUGCAUUAUGCCA